UGCGUCUCUUGCGCAUGUGCAAAGAAGCUCAAGAAGAAGAAGAAGAAGAGUAUCAAUGGUUCCUGUAGCCAUCCUCUUGCUUCUGUGUUCCUGAUGCUCUCCUGUGUUCGCCGGUUCAUCAGUUCCUCAUCCACAGUUCCAUCUCGUCUCAUGGACGCUGCUUCCGGUCGACCGGUCGAGGCUUCCAUUCGCACCAAACUCGCUCAGGCUUUCGGUCCAGAUCACCUGGAGGUGCUGAACGAGAGCCACAUGCACGCGGUGCCUCCGGGCUCCGAGUCCCACUUCAGGGUGCUCGUGGUGAGCUCUCGCUUCGAGGGUUUGUCCCUGCUGCAGCGCCACCGCCUGGUCAACGAGACCCUGAGUCACGAGCUGAGCACCAGCGUCCACGCUCUCGCCAUCCAGGCCAAGACGCCGCAGCAGUGGAGCAGCGACCCGAGCCUGGCCAAGAGCCCGCCAUGCCUCGGAGGAUCCAAACACGACAGCACGGUGGCGCAGAAGCUCAAAACGGGGCUGGACUGAUCUGACCGAGAGACAAGAACGUUCCUUCUGUAUUUAAUGCUGUUUGGAGAGCAGUGUGGAGCUCUUUAGUAGCAUUUACAUUUUUUGUGUGGGUGUGUGUCCAUGUUUUUGUUAGACUUUAAACCCAAUCUACUUAAUAAAAGAAUAAAUGUAUGCA